AUGUCACUCUCCCACCUGAGCUUCUACUCAGCCUUCACUCUAAGCGGCCUAGGCCUGGCAUUCCACCGAACCCACCUAAUCUCCGCCCUACUAUGCCUGGAAAGUAUAAUACUAUCCAUAUAUAUUGCUCUAUCAAUCUGACCAAUCGAAAACCAAGCAACAUCCUCCGCCCUAAUACCCGUGCUCAUACUCUCAUUCUCAGCCUGCGAAGCAGGUACAGGCCUAGCAAUACUAGUAGCCUCCACCCGAACCCACGGCUCCGACCACCUACACAAUCUGAAUCUCCUACAAUGCUAA